CGAUAUCGAUGAUAACAGUUAUGCCUGUGCCAGUGGAAAAAAGGGCGAAAUCAAAUCAUUAAAAACACUUGUAGAGCUUGUAGAAUUUCGAACAAUAUGCAUUAGAACAAAAAAUAUUAACGUUACCCACCUACACCAAUAGUAUUAAUGGUUUUUAUGUGAUCAUUUACAAUGAAAGUCUGCCUCAGAUAGCAUUACGGAAAGCAGGAAAUGAUCUUAAAAUGGAGUUUGCUGACAAAAUUAGAAUACCGAAGUUGAACGGCGUGACUAUGAGAGGUCCACACAUAUCCAACACUAGUACUGGGACACUAGUCAUUACUGGUCAUCAUUUAAUAUUUUCAUCAAGAUCUGAGGACGUUGAACUAUGGAUUUUGAACCGUAAUAUUGACAUUGUGGAGAAAAAACUAAAUACAAUUACUUUAAAGUGUAAGGACUUUAGGAUUAUUGUUUUUGAUAUGCCGUAUAUUGAACAAGCUACCUCUGUUGCUGCUUCUAUUGAAUCACUCAUAAUGACAGAUGAAGCAGAUUACCUACACCAUAUGUUUUCAAAUAAAAGUAAUGAAUAUCGAUCACCGUUUGAUGUACAAUCUCAUGUGAAAACUAGUUGCUG